AAUUUACUAGCAACGAAAUGAAAACAGUUCGAAUUUGAAAUUAAUAUCGGUUCGAUGUUACCAUAAAUCUAAUAAUUUCCUUUGCUCUUUUCUAUCUUGCUAGAGGUUUCUUUUCAGUAUAUAAUGCAUAAUUAAAUUAUUUCAAAAGUGUUAAAUUUUAAUGCACAUGGAAGAUCGCAUUGAGAGAAAACGGCGAUUGGCACGGGAGAGGAAGGCGAGGCAAAGAAUACGAGAACGAGAAGCACGAAAACUAGCAAGAUGUCGUUCAGAUUUUUCAAAUAUACAACAGGUAAUUGUAAAUCAAAGACAAACAGAGGUAAAAGUUAUCAGUCGCAGAGAAAUUGCCCGACUUCGAACUGCAGAAAGAAGGCGAAGAUUAUCACAAGAAGAACUCAAUGCUCGGCGUGAAUUGGAGAGGAGGAGGAGUGCGGCGAAACGACAACAAGAAACACAAGAACAAAAACAAGCAAGACUCGAAAAAGAAAGAAUAAGAUUAAGUAAAAAAAGACAAAAUGAAACACAACAGCAAAGAAAAGCUAGAUUGGAAAAAGAAAGGAUAAGAAUGAUUGUAAAAAGACAAAAGGGGACACAGGAAGAAAGAAAGGCAAGACUCGAAAAAGAAAGAAAGCGACUCCUUACACUAAGACAUCAAAAUGAAAGUGUGGAGGACGAAGAACAAAAGUUAUUUGUUGGAAAUAUAUAUGGGGUUCUCGCAACUGAAGAAGAUGAAGAACAUGGGACCAGUGAAAGACAAAGUAAUGCAACAGUUCAAAGCAACAGAGUCGACAAUACUUUCCAUGAAGAAAGUUUACUGCAUCAUUCAUGUGGGUCUCUGAUAUCUUAUAGUACCAAAUAUUCUUUAUCAGAAAGUCCUUCAGAUGAUAGAUUAAGUAACAGCUGCCACGAAGAUAUAACAAUGGAAAAAAAUUCAAGUGGGGAAAGUAAUGGUAUAACAGAAGGAAAUGCUACUUCAAAAGGGUCUCCAAUAGCACCAGAAACUCCCACAAGCACAACUAAGGAAUCUGAUAAUGCAGAAAAUCUCUCAACAACUGAUUCUAGCAAGGUUGCCUCUGUUCCAGCUACUGUCUCAUCAACAUCUUCUGCCAAUUCUUCCCCUUCUACACCACCAGAAAAUUGCAUUCCUUCAGAGGAUACUGCCAGAGAAACUACUGACAAUUCUCCACCAGAUGAUAAAUCUUCAGAAUCAAGCACUAAACUUGGAACAGAUGAUAAAAAAGCUAGUAAUGAAGAAAAGCGACCAGUUGCACUGGGAGCCCUGCCACCUAUCAGAAAAGCGCCAAAUAGUUCAACCUCAAGUACCAAGUUGGAUGACUCCAAACAGGCUAUUUCAUUAGCAAAAUCGUCUACAGGACCUUCACCUCUGUCAUGUGAGCCACCACCAGAGAAAAAAUUGAAGCUGGAACCCAGUUUAGUGGAGAACAAACUUCCACAUGUUAUAUCCAGCCCAAAGAGAGAAAGAAACACAAGUUUAUCAGCUUCCCAAGAUGGUGUUCAGAAUUUAUCAAUGAAAAUUGAAGCCAAAAUGCGUCAGAGGGAACCUAUGUUCUCUACACUGAUGAAACCUAAGGAAGGAGAACGUGAUGGAAGUAAUGUGAAACGAGAAGAUGAUGCCUCACCAGUGAAGUCCGAAGACAGUGAGAAAGAAAACUUGGCUAUGGAUAUGCCAGUAGACUUGAGUACAAAACCUCCAUCUUCUCCAGACAUUAUCACUUUGUCAGACGAUUCUGAUGAUGAAAAGAAAGCACUAAAUGGUGCAAAAGAACUUACUGCUGAUGAAAAACGAAUGCGUAAAAAACUAGUCAAAACCCUUCAGGCUGAAUUGCGCAACGAGGAAGCCAAGCUUGUGCUCUUAAAAAAACUACGCCAAAGCCAGUUGUCACACCAGUUGCAGGAACAGAGCAAUGUGGUGGCCAACAAUAAACAACUGUCAAACCGACAGCAACAGCAACAACAGCAGCAGCAACAACAACAGCAGCAACCACAGUCAGCACCUCCACCACUGGUGCGUGGUAACCACACCAACAAUCAGCCCCUACAGUCUUCCAAGUCUAAUUCUUCUACACAUCCAUUCAUGAGAGGCUCACAGCAAAUGGCAGCUCAGAUGAGGGUUCAGCAAAUGCAACACCAACAGGGGCCGCCUCCACUUGUGAUGCCACCACGUAUGCACAGCAUGCAAAACAUGCGCACCAACCACAAUCAAAUGUCUAAUUCAAAUAAUAACUUAAUGUCAGGCUUUCGUCCUAUUCACACUCCACCAGUACAAAGCCAACCUCCAGCACCGCCUGCACAACCAGUUGAAACCACGGCACAGAGACAAGCUGCAGCAAAACUGGCCUUGCGCAAGCAGUUGGAGAAGACCCUUCUGCAAAUCCCUCCACCCAAGCCACCACCUCCUGAAAUGAACUUCAUACCUAGCCUUGCCAGCAAUGAGUUUAUAAUGCUGCUUGGCCUUGAGGAGGUUGUCAACUACAUUGUUGAUUCUGAUUUGAUAGCAAGGGGAGAGAAGAAUUUGGAUCACAAGAUGAUUUGUAACCCGUUCAGUUGUGUACAAUGUAACACUGAUUUUACUCCGGUCUGGAAACGAGAAAAACCUGGCUCAAAGAACGUCAUUUGUGAACAGUGUGUGACGUCCAACCAGAAGAAAGCUUUGAAGCAGGAACACACCAACCGUCUAAAGAGUGCAUUUGUGAAGGCUCUGCAACAAGAGCAGGAGAUCGAGCGAAUGCAGUCGCAAGGCAUAAACAUGCCGACUACGGUGGCUAAUAAUCUAAAUAUGGGGACCACAGCACCCAUGAAUCUCACAAAUUCUUACAAUAAACCAACCACCGACCAUUUCAGACAUCACCAAACAUUGAUGCAUGCCCACCAGAUGCAGCGACCAAAUCAGCCUAUUGGCUUGCAGCCAUUUACUGCACGUGGACCAUUCCAUUAUCAGUUACCUUUCACAAAACCUGACCUUCAUCGGCAAUAUUUGCUUGACUUGAUCCCACCUAGACCCAGAGGUACUAUGCCAUGGAAAUCUUAAAAACAUGAGUGUGUGUGAAUAUAUAUAUAUAUAUAUAUAUAUAUAUAUAUAUAUAGUGAUAGUAAUAAUACACUAAUAAACAAUAUGAUUGGCUAACAAAGCAGGCAAGCAUUUUUUUUUUCUUUUUAAGUCUUAUCUCUCACCCUUUCUCUGUCACUCUUUAUUUUUAUAUUCCUCCCUCUGCAUGUUCGUGUGUGUAUAUAUAUAUAUAUAUAUAUAUAUAUAUAUAUAUAUAUAUAUAUUCGGAACAAGCAAAAUAAGAUAAAAUUAAAAUAAAUGGGGCAUAUUAACCAAAAUUUAGACAAUCAACAAUCAAUGAAAGAAAUGCUAAUAUUUGUUGUGCCAAUUACAUUGACCAAAAGAAUAAGUUCGUUAAAAGUAAGAUUAAAACUAAAUUAGUUAGUAGAGUUGUCAUUUCAUAGAUUUAAAGAAGAAAAAAUUAUGUACAUACACAAACACACAUACAUAUACAGAUAUAUGCAUAUAUUCACUUCUCUCUGUACACCUAUGUGUACUAGGUAUACACGGAAUGAUGCUUGUGCCAACUGGGAACUUUAAUAAAAAGAAAGAAAAUCACUUUGUUGCUGAAAAUUUGUAUUUGCAUGUGUGCUUGUGUUUGUAUAUGAGUGUGUGUGUGUUUGUAUGUGUAUGUGUUUUCUAGGAGCCUCUCUGUACCAGGAAACUUCCACAUUCCUGUAGAAUAAAGUCAUAGAGUCUAGCUUCAGAAUGAUCAUUUUGGUUUUGGAUUUCAAAAGCAAAAUUCUUAAUUCAGCAACGAUCUCUCAAAUGUUUUGCUUUUACAUUAGAAUUAUUUCCCUAGUAACUGAGGAGACAUCCCCUGCCCCAAAACUCUCAUCUCUUUCUUCUGUCACUCUUUGUCUUUGUUAUUAUAUUUAUGAAAAUUUUGUAUCUUCCUUUUGUACAUUAUUUCCCUCCUUCUUGCACUCCAUCCCUGCCUGUCUCUAUUCCUCCACCAUUUUGCAACUCAUCUUGGAACCAUUCGCUCUAAUAGUAACUAGCAUAAGUUUUUGUGCAGAGGGUAUAUUAAAGCUGGUAUAUAUGUGUAUGUGUGUGCAUGUGCACUUAUCUUUUGAAAAUAUAUAUAUAUAAUAUGUAUAUAUGUUUUAAACAACCAAACUGUAUUAAUUUUCUUGUUAUACUUUAAUCAUAUACAUUGGAUUUUGUACCCCUGUGUUCAAGUGUUAUUUUGUUUCUUUUCACCCUGACAGGAUCUUGUCUUUUACAUUUCUAUAAAACACUAGAAAAUUAGACUUUAGUUUGUAAAGCAGCCACUGGCUAAGAGUUCCAAUGUGAAAGUCUUGUAGCUUCUUGUGGUUGUUGAAUUUGUUUCUCUACCCACAGCAGUUUACAAUUUAAAAUUUAGUUUGUUUUUUUUUUUUUGCUUGGGUUUUUUCCCCCCACUAUGUUAGUGUAGGUUGAAUAGUUUCUACAAAUUUAUACAUUUGCAUGUUGUUAAAGCAAGUGGGUUUAUAUAUAUAUUAGAAACUGGAUGCCUCUCUUACUGUCCAAUUACUCAGCUGUGAAAUGGCACAUUUUCCUUUUUUCAGCCAAGCAACCCAAGCCAAACCAAACUAAUGUGGUCCAGUAAUGAUCCAGAACCCACUUCUGUUUUCUUUUUCAAAUAUUUUAAGAAAAUAUAACAAAUAUAUUAUUGGGCUUUGGAGUUGCUUUUUCUCUUUCUUGCUGUCAAGAAGUUGGCUGUUGUACUUUUCUAGUGUAACACUACUGAGCAUUGUUAAUUUAUAAUUCCAACAAACCACACCUGUUUAGACUUUUGUGGAUAAGUUUGGAGUAUUGUUUAAGUCAGUUGCUAGAUGGAAGGAAAUUUA